CGUACGUGUCCAGGUUAUCUUGAUCAAUUAACAACUUGAUGGCACAAUAUAAUGUUUGUACACGGGUUUAUUGGGAUAAUAAUAGUGCCAACGUAACAAACAUUACGACCCCAGUCACUGUAUGAAGAAGAACGAGAAAAAGUAGUAGCUUGAGACUUCGUAAUGGCUGAAGGAGGGUCGAGAAAAGAAUACCUUGAAAGGCUACUGGCUAAAGCUGAGAGACACAGCACCGGAAGCGUCGCUGAGGUCGUCUCCCUUCUAUACCGCAAUAAACCAAUUGGCUACUUUCGCCACAUUCUAGAGAAUAAUAAUGGGAAAAUGCAAAGACUAACCAAAGAUAUGGGAGGGGAUCCACAUUGUCCAAUCAAUGGAAAGCUUAGUGGACUUUUCUUUGGUGUUACUUUAUUUAAGGGUGGCUUGCCGACCAUAUCUCCAUUUGGGGACACCAGAGUGACAGUACCCCUGAGUGAAGUCUUUGAUGAUUCGGCAAAUCUGUAUUUUGCUGAUUUUUAUUGCAUGCCUAGGGGUAAACGUUUGCAUUAUGUGACCCUAGUUCUGACCAAAACUGAUUCGGAGGCAGACCGUUUCUGCGAAGAAAACCUGAUCAAACUUGAUGCAUACAAAAACAAAUAUUUAAUAAGGAGUGGGAAGCAGACAUAUCGGUCCCAGACACGUAAUAAAUUAACUGUUGAAGUGUUCUAUACAGAAGAUGUGAACAUAUCACGUAGGAACCUGACGCAUACACGUAUAUAUGGGCGGGGACAAAGCGUUGGGGGAAUAGGAAAAUCUGUUGGAUGUUCCACAUGCAAUAUUGAUGUUCAUGCACAUUUGAAACAUCAGAGGGAAUGGGUAGGUGUUAGUCAAUGGGAAUAUGGUGAAGAUCCAUACGAAGAUGAUGAACCACACUGUCAGGUAGAUGAUGAUCCAUACAGAGACGAUGAUUCACAGAUAGAGUAUGACCCAUAUCAAGACUUUGGGCCAUUUGAACAUGAUGAGCCAUUUCAAGAUGACGGGGCUUCUGAGGAUGAUGAACCAUAUCAAGACGAUGAACCAUAUCAAGACGAUGAGCUGUAUCAAAACGAUGAGCCGUAUCAAGAUGAUGAGCCGUAUCAAGACGAUGGGCCGUGUCAAGAUGGUCAGCCGUAUCAAGACGAUGGGCCGUGUCAAGAUGGUCAGCCGUAUCAAGACGAUGAGCCGUAUCAAGACGAUGGGCCGUAUCAAGAUGCUGAGCAAUAUCAAGAUGAUUGGCCAUAUCAAGAUGAUGAGCCGUAUCAAGACGAUGAGCCGUAUCAAGACGAUGGGCCGUAUCAAGAUGGUCAGCCGUAUCAAGACGAUGGGCCGUGUCAAGAUGGUCAGCCGUAUCAAGACGAUGGGCCGUGUCAAGAUGGUCAGCCGUAUCAAGACGAUGGGCCGUAUCAAGAUGGUCAGCCGUAUCAAGACGAUGGGCCGUGUCAAGAUGGUCAGCCGUAUCAAGACGAUGGGCCGUGUCAAGAUGGUCAGCCGUAUCAAGACGAUGGGCCGUGUCAAGAUGGUCAGCCGUAUCAAGACGAUGGGCCGUGUCAAGAUGGUCAGCCGUAUCAAGACGAUGGGCCGUGUCAAGAUGGUCAGCCGUAUCAAGACGAUUGGCCGUAUCAAGACGAUGGGCCGUAUCAAGAUGCUGAGCAAUAUCAAGAUGGUCAGCCGUAUCAAGACGAUGAGCCGUAUCAAGACGAUGGGCCGUAUCAAGACGAUGAGCAAUAUUUAGAUUAUGAACAAUAUUAAGGUGGUGAGACAUAUCAAGACGAUGAUCAAUAUCAAGAUAAUGAACGUUAUUAAGGUGGAGAGACAUAUCAAGACGAUGUUUGAAGAUGAUGAUCCAAACAGAUAUGACGAUGAUCAAUACAUUGGUGACAUUUGAAUGAUGUUGACACAGCAUAUUCACCGGAGAGUAAAAAUGUGAUUACAAGAUAUUAAGAAGUGAUGCAAGAACAAGGUGUGUACUAGUAUUGGCAUAGAUGCCUACACUUUACCAUCCAAAGAAUGGGUGUGGAUAUUGUCGUUUGGAGGAGCAGAAUAGGAUGUUUUUGUCCGAGAAGAAAACACUCACAUGGAAGUCACCCCGGUAUACAGCUACCAAGUGGUAUAAGGUUGGUUCUGAGACUCACACUGUUUUCAUUGUCGCUUUUAUUGAUAGCGGGAGAUGUUGAAUCCAACCCAGGACCGACCCAAAAUACCCCCUUCUUCAGAAAGAGUAAAGACUAGAUUAUCGCACAAAAUGUUUCUGGCCAAUGUUUGACUACUGACACGUCACAUAGCCAAUCAACACUUGAAGAUCUUGCUAUAACACCCAAAGCAAUACAAACACAGAUUACCUCCCUAUGAUGACAAACUUCGUGACUUUCAAGAGGAAAACACAAGUUUGAAACAGAAACUUGAUGCCCUGGAAUCCAGAAAUGACAGCAUUGAAGCACAGUCUCGAAGAUCAAAUUAAAUCUUUCAUGCUCUGCAAGAAAAGAAGAGUGAAACAUGGGAAGAGUGUGAGUCAUGUGUUAAAGAUUUUAUGGACGUUACCCUAAACAUCGACUUCAAUCCAUCAGCAUAGAAAGAGCACAUCGGCUGCACUCAAAAUCUGGAAGUAGACCGAUAAUUGCCAAGUUCUCUUUCUACAAGGACAGAGCAGCUGUGAUGGAAGCUGCCAGGAAGUUUCUAAAGGGAAAUAAAGAGUACAGGGUUUCAGAAGACUACACCCGGGAGUGAGAGGAGUUCGAUCAAAGUUGUUUCCCUUUAUGAUGAGAGCCAGACAAGAGGACAAAGUUGUCUAUUUGAGCUACGAUAAACUUGUAGUUGAUGGUUCAGUUUUUGUUCUGGGAGACGACGACACAUAAAUAAGACAACUUGGACAGCUUAGGAACUGGACAAGAUCAUCACCCAAUCCUACUGAGACAUCAUCGCCGUCUGCACCUGCUGCUGGGUCAUCAUCAACAACGUCUCCAUCAGCUUAUAGUAAUGGAAAAUAGGGUGGUGGUCGUGGGCUCAAUGACACUCAUGAAAAUAACACUGAUUCUACACUUAACAUAUUGAAUAUAUGUUCCUGGAACAUCCAAGGACUAAAAUCCAAGAAUGAAUUUGGUGACUUUAUUUCAUUCUGCCUGGAUCUUGAUAUAUUCUGUUUUGUUGAAACAAUGUGUACAGAUGCUAGUGAUGUAUUAACGAACGUAUUCAGUAACUAUGAUUAUUAUGUUUGUGAUGCAAAACGUCUCUCUGAACGUGGAAGUUUAUCUGGUGGAAUUGCAGUUUGCAUAAAAUAUUGUUUGGCGGGAUACUUCGAGAGAGUUUAUUCACAUUGGGAUAAUGUUAUCUUUUUCAGGAUUGUGAAUGCUGAAAGUCCAAUACAUGUUUUCAUUGCUUUUGUCUAUAUUCAUCCUGAAUCAUCUCCGCUCUACAAUAAGGGUGAAGAAAAUGGUAUAGAUAGAUUGGAAAGUCAGUUAGUACAGAUCAAACAUGAUUAUGAUGAGUCCUGUAAAUUCAUCUUAUGUGGUGAUUUUAAUGCAAGAACGGGGUGCGACCGGGAUUUGAUUCUUGAUGAUGAUGUGAAGUACACUCUUCAAAAAAGGAAACGCAUAGGUGUUUUGAGAAUUCCAAUUAGAUAUUUUCCCCCAGCAAUCGUCAUAAAGACAAUUCUUUUG